GUAUAAAUGUCUCUCAUGGCCCAGAUGGAGCCAGUGUAUACUGAAGAUGGCAUUCAGAGAAGCAAACACUUUACUUUUAGCAUUAAUUUGGAUGACAGUUUUCAGAGUCUCACUUGGGAGUCAUCACUUUACACCGCGGAUCAAAGUGAACAGAGAAAAUGGAGCUUUUCUUACAUUAAACACAUCAAAUGCCCACACGAUUGAUAACCUGAGGCUGAUCCAGGAUUCCCGCAGAGUAAAUAUCUAUGCCGGAGGACCUCAGGGCCUGUUCAUGUUCGAUCCAAGAAUAAAACAUCCAACAUUGACGGAGGUGAAAUUGCCCAUAUUAGAACCUGAAUGCAUGAACAGUUCUACUAAUUGUGAAUAUGAAAUCUCCAUGCUGAAAGAGGGGAGGAACGGAAACCCACUGUUCCUGUGUAGAACUACAGAACAUCACACAAACUGCUGUGAUGUGGAACGUUUAGGACUUUCUAGUUCAGAGCACAAGCUGGUGAACUGCUUCAUCUUGAGGUAUCCAACACAAAUCAAUGAGCCGUCUGUUCAUGUUGAUGAUUCUCUAUAUUACACGAUCUCAGAUCUGGACACAGAUUUUCCCAGCGGCCUCUACAGACAGACCAGAGAUAAAUACAUCUGGCCGCUGGCAAGACCAAUUGAGCAGAGGCAUGUAAAAAUCUUAGCAAAUAAAGGGAAUGGAUCACUGGAUGGAAAAGUCUACUCCUUCUACAUAGAGCAGAACCAGAACCAGAACUUGGACCUGCCUCACUGGAUACCUCGAGUUUCUCAGAUCUGCAUGGCGGAUCUUGGUGGCAGUAGAGCAAUACUGCAGUUCCGCUGGACAUCCAUGCUGACUGCUCGCCUGUUCUGUGGAGAUGAGAAGAAGCGUCUCUCGUAUACCGAGCUGCUGGACGUUGUUGUGCUGGAAGCUACGGAAUGGGAAAACACCACGAUUUACGCUCUCUUCAAAAAUACCUACAACUUGAGAGCCGUGUGCAUUUACAAAAUGUCUGACAUCAUUCGCGUCUUCAUGAACAACACAUUCACAGCAGCAGAAAAGGAGUCUUUUUCUUCACCUCUUCCUGGAGAGUGUGUACAAAACAGUCCUACAUUACGGUCAAACAUUCUGAAGUUUAUGGAAAGUCUUCCUGAGCUGGAGCAGUGGAUUAAACCUGUACGAGACCCUGUGGUGUUCAAGAACAACUAUCACUACACACACCUCCAGGUGGACACUCUUGUGGACAGGAAGUCAGGACAUAGCCAUCAUGUUCUCUUCAUGAGUCUCGACAAUGGCAAUGUACAUAAAAUCCUGGACCAGGAGGACAAGCCCUUUAUCAUCGCCGAGUACAAGCUCUUUAAAUCCAGGACACACAUCACCAGCAUGCUGCUCGACAGAGUAACUAAAAAGCUCUUUGUGAGCUCCAGCACUGAGGUGGUCCAGAUUGACCUGUCCAACUGCAGCAUGUACGGGAAAGACUGUAAGUCGUGUGUCAUGGCCCGGGACCCGUAUUGCAGCUGGCACUCGGGGGAGUGUUCGGCUGAUGAUAGAUCCUCAAUACAAGAUGUAACCCAUGGAAGCCACACGACAUGUGAUGAUGACAAAGAAGGCAAAACAGACGUCUCUGAGAGCGUCCCUCAAUACUCUAAAUACUACCUUAAAUGUCCAGUGGAAUCCUAUCAUGCCUCAUAUUCAUGGCACCACCAGGACAGUAGGAAGGACUGCGUCUCAACUGAACAUGACUGUCUUUUGCUGAUCGACAGCAUGAGCGAAAAGGACGAAGGCGAUUAUCAGUGCAUCGCUUCGGAGAACGGCUACCAGAAGACGGUGGUCCAUCAGAAGCUGCAGAUGAACGGCGCCUCUGAGACCAGAGCGACUCGAGUAGCUUUAGCGUGCCUUCUGUUCCUGAUCUCUGUGAUCUGCUAGUGCUGUUCCUGUGUUCUGGGAACUGAAAUACAUUCAAACAAACAAAAAACUCAGAAGACCCUAGUCCUGGAUGAGUAGACUGAACCAGACCAUGUGCUUUACUAACACUGAGAUUCUUCCUGUAUACACCAGUGUUACCACAUCUUCCACUUCUUUGUUGCACUCGAGGUGUGUGACUCGACUCAUGAAGCCCAGAGAAUGACCAAUACUUACGAUUGCUUCAUUACAGUGUCCACAAGUUUCCACAAGAACAGAGGAAAAUACAAUUUUACACCAUCACAAACUGUAAAAUCACAUGUAUAUAGUUUCAACAGUGUUGCAAGUUAUAAUGAACCAUUAAUAGCAUUUGCACUUUGUAGUUUAAUUAGAUUAGUUUUUCUAUUUUUUUAAGACCAAAAAGAAGAAAAAUCAGUCUGUUGUGAAGCGUAUGAAUGUGUCACACAUGAACCUCAUCAGGAUUUAUUUAUGAUUUAAUAUUUUGGAUGGACGGACGGUUUCUCAAACCCAGCAGUGAUUCUGAGAUGUUUGUGAGUCCAGAGCACAUGUAAAGAAGAUAAGAAGAGCAUGAAAAGGUGCAGCAUGGGAAAUAUCUUCAUGGACAGCAGAUUGAUUAUAUGGGAUUAUUACUGUAUACAGUGUAAACGGAGUGAGGAGGAACUUUCGGAAAUAAUUUAUUCGAUUUAUUCGGAAAAUAAGGAAGCGGGCUGCAGGUGGAGAAGUAAACAAAACAUUCCACAUGAGUCAUUUUGGAUUAUGGUGUAAUUAAGUGAGCAAAUUAUCUUUAUUAUUUUUAUAUAUACUGUAUAUAUCUCACAUGAUGUACUGAAGACAGGUUGAAGGUUGAAUUCUUGAUUCUGAUUGGUCAGAAGGUGUUGAUUAUUUUUAUUUUAUUUUGACUAUAACCAGAUAGGAACUGUGUCAGUGCUGUGUGAUUUAAAUAAAUAAAUAUGUAUGUAUGUAUGUAUGUAUGUAUGUAUGUAUGUAUGUAUGUAUAAAAAUAGACCUCUAUCUGUUUCUUAGGAGCGUGAAUGUAGAGAGUCUGAAAUAAAAUGAAAAAGAAAAACAGGAUUAGAAACAGGGAAGUGACCGAGUUAUUACUCACAGGUUCCUUUCUAAUGACUGGAAGGAGAAAAAUUUGAAAAAGCUUAAAAAUUUGGAUAGAUCGAUAAAUAGAUAUUAACAUUAUUGUUUUAAAUUGGAUUGCCAGAGCUUUGUCUAUUUUUUUAUAUUACUCAUUAUUUGUUACAUAAUAUCAUGUUUCUGUCAAUGCUUCAGUAAUAAGAGCUUAACAAGAGUUUAACAAAUAAAAAUAAAUAAAUGUCAUUCCUUUUAGCUAAUUUUAUUAAAACUGUUUAACAAUAAUUUGGUCUACUGUAUGUUACAGUCAUUUAAGGGAAAUGAAAAAGUCUGAAUUGUUUAUUACAGAUGCAGCUAUAAAACCAUUUAAACUCA